AUGUCUCAAAAAAUUGGUACUGCCGUACUGGCAUUAACAAGGGUAUGGCACCACGUUGAUGUUGCCGCCGACGAUAGAACAUUGGGUAGACUAGCUUCGCAAAUUGCAAUUACUUUACAAGGUAAACACAAGCCAACGUUCACACCAAAUCGUGACCACGGAGAUUAUGUUGUGGUGACAAAUUGUGCACACUUGAAAAUUACGGGUAACAAAUUGAAAGAUAAGACAUACUGGAGUCACACAACACGACCAGGCUCCUUGAAUUUAAUUCCUAUGGAAAGGAUGAUUGCAAAUAAAGGUUAUGGUGAAGUUUUGAGAAGAGCUGUAAAGGGUAUGAUCCCUAAAAAUAAACACAGAUUGGUGAGAAUGAAUAGAUUGAGAUUAUACGACGGUGACGAGCAUCCAUACAAGGAAAAUCUAAUAGCAUUUGCUGAUGAAGUUCAAGAUAUGAAACAAAAGCUCGCUGAAUUGGAAAAGAAGGAAACUGAAAGGGCGGGACUUCGGGAAAAAUAUUUAAGUCGUCAAUAA